CUUUCCAAGUUCCCAUGAGUGUGGUGGAUACGGGCCGUCCGUGGCUUCGGUACCUUCCCCCGCUGCCUCUUAGUCGACCAUUAACCAUGAGAGAAAAGGACUCGUCGCCCAGAAAGAUGUUGGUAGCGGCCGGAGGCUACAGCUCGCCAAAACAGGCGGCCGUCUACCCCUUGUCGAUUAGAGUGCCUCCAGGUGACGAGAUGCCCUUCGAUCUGUCGCGCAACACCAGAUCGCCAGGGCCUCAUAUGUCACCGGCCGGACGUCCUCCCCCGGGCCCGCAGGAUUCCGACGAUCAACCCCUGGACCUACGAGUCGACCACAAGAAGCUACGGAUAACGCGAAGGCACGUCGAAGAUGAGAACCGUAACAUAAUCUCGCCGGCCGCCAGUCUGAGCGACAAAGAAGAGCUGUCAGUCGAUGGCAACGCCAACAAACCGUUUAGCCCCCAACUUCCAGGAUACCCAGUCCUAUUCCCCCCUCAACCGAUCCACCCGAUGAUGCUGGAAGCGAUGUACAGAGCGCAAGGUUCCGAUAAAGUACCCAGACUGCCGCUGCACUACCCCAGCUCGCCCCCCGCUUACCCCCCGCGAUAUCCAUUCUUGAGUCCUACUAUGUUAAGUCCACCCGUUAGUCAAGUUCCUUUCGAUAUGCUGCGAAAUCCUUCAGUGCCACAACCUCCAAAAGUAUUCGCCGACACCAGCGGAAACAAAUUGAAAGACCGGUACGCGUGCAAAUUCUGCGGGAAGGUCUUUCCGCGUUCCGCGAAUUUAACCAGGCAUUUGCGAACGCAUACGGGCGAGCAACCCUACAAGUGCCGUUACUGUGAACGAUCGUUUAGCAUAUCGAGCAACCUCCAAAGACACGUCCGCAACAUCCACAACAAGGAGAAACCGUUUAAGUGCCCCCUUUGCGAACGUUGCUUCGGACAGCAGACGAAUUUAGACAGACAUUUAAAGAAGCACGAGUCGGACGGACCGACAAUUUUGGACGAACGCAACUUACAAAGACGGAACCUGUCACGCACCCACGUCGGCGACGACUCCUACUUUGAGGAGAUACGCUCAUUCAUGGGCAAAGUCACCGACGGUCGCAUGCUGCCUCACCUCCAACCGCCACGAUCGCUACCCAACUUCCCCCUAACCCUACCCGCCAAAAUGUACGAAAUGUCGAAGCUGUCCCAGGAGAAGAGUCCCGACGAAAGCAAGCGCGAUUCCUCGUACUUUUCUGAGAAGGACAACUUCUCGUCCAGGUCGUCCACGAGCUCGGAGUCGACAAACAAAGACGACGAGGGCGAAAACCCAACGGUAAAUGAGGAGGUCGACGACGGCCAUCGUUCAAACGCAGACACCAACACCUGAUGCGUUUUGGUGAUCUGACUGCCGUAAUUGUUUUGUGAUAUCUUCCUGCCCGGUAAUAAUGUUCAAAUAACCGUGUUAGUUAAUAGUAAAUGAUUGAUGGAUUUAUGCAAAUUCGUUUAACACGAUUACGAUAUUAAAUUGUAAUUAAUUUUGUUAGGCCGAAGUUGCUUGCUACCAUGAAAUAAUUUUGUGGAGGUCGCAAUGACAAUUAACGGUUAACCAUCAGUCAAGUCAAUAAGAUUUUCUACUCCAGUUUUUUCUUCGCAAGAACAGCUGGUCGCGGCACUACAAAAUACUUCGAUUGAAUAAGAUGAUGAUCGCCGGUAAUCGUUAUCUUAUAUUUGCACUGGGAACGGACGUUGAUCAUCGUUCACAAUGUACAACUUUUUAUUUAUACCAAUAUAAUUGAACGCUUUAUUUAUCUACUUUUUCCUUAAAUAGUACUACAAGUAACAAGUAUCGAUAUGGAUCGUAUUUCGCAAUUUAUACUAAUCCCAUAAAAUUUACUUUUAAUUGAUUUACUAACACGUUACAAUUCUAGAAUUAAUUAGUUGUCGACCAGAUAUGACCUCGUUCACACACAGCGUAAAUAUUUCCCAAUCUUCGAUAUCAUUUUGAUACAGUUUCUAAAUUAUUGUUUCGGGCAAUGUGAUCGAGCUACC